UGUAUGUUAUUUCGUAGUCUUUCUCAAGUUAUUUUUCGAGAAAGCAUCUUGACAUUGAAACAUAUUCCUGCUAAACCGUCAAAGAAGCUAAAUAAAAGUGUUGCAAGUUUUUUUGCAAUUAAAAGAUAUUACUCAUCGUCAUACGUGCAAAAAGAUAAAAAUAUGCUGCUUGAAAAAUAUUUUAACGCUAAAGAAACCAGUGAAGUUGAGCUGCCUUCUCCUGAUGUUGAUCCUCAUGGAGUGUUUGCAAAUAAUGAGCUUAAUCUUGCUGAUAUUGAAGUUUAUGGAUUUGACUAUGAUUACACGUUGGCGGUGUAUAAAGAAUCUCUUCAUUACUUAAUAUAUGAUCUUGGUCAAGAUUGGUUAAUUAACAAGUUUAAGUAUCCCAAGGAGAUAGGACAGCUUGAAUAUAGACCUGGCUUUGCAAUCCGAGGACUUCAUUAUGAUAUUCAUAAAGGGCUGUUGAUGAAAAUCGAUUCUUUUCAUCAAAUUCAGUUUGGAAGUGUAUACAGAGGACUAACCCCAGUCCCUGAUAAAGAAGUGUCCAGAAUUUAUGGGGGUACUUACAUUCCACAAGAUCUGAUAAGAGGAACUGGAUCCGAGCCUAGCCGGAUGAAGCAGUUAAAUGAUCUGUUUUCUGUUCCAGAGAUAUGUUUGCUUUCCAAUGUUACAGAGUAUUUUGAAAAACAUAAUAUAGCAUAUCAUCCUGAGAUCCUUUUCAAUGAUAUUCAAAAUGCUGUGCAAAGUAUCCAUCCUGUCAUUCAUGAUAAACUGGAUGAGGGUUGUAUAGAAAAUUAUUUAGAAAAAAAUGAAGAAUUAUCACUGUUUCUUCACCGGCUGCAAAAUGGGGAAAAAAUGUUUUUGGUGACCAACAGUCCUUUUAAAUUUGUGCACCAUGGUAUGAAAUAUAUGAUUGGUCCAAAUUGGAGAGAACUUUUUGAUAUUAUAAUUGUUCAAGCAAGAAAACCUAAAUUCUUUACUGAGCAACAUAGGCCUGUCAGAAUCUUUGACCCUAUCACUCGAAGUCAACUGUGGGAAAGGGUAACCAUGAUGAAAAAGGGAAAGAUUUAUAUGGAGGGCACAUUAAAACAGCUACAGGAAAUGACAGGGUGGCGAGGUAGCUCUGUAUUGUAUUUUGGAGAUCAGAUCUACAAUGAUUUAGCUGAUCUAACCCUUCAUUAUGGCUGGAAAACUGGAGCAAUUAUUGAUGAAUUAGCAAAUGAAAUAAAGAUUCUGAAUUCAGAAGAAUUUCGACAUGCCGUUAGCUGGAUGCAGACAUUGCAACAUUUGAUAGAAGAAAUGCAGGACCACGAAGAUGCUGAAGAGAUAAUAGCAGAAUUGUUAGAAGAGAGAGAUCAGUUAAGAAAUACAACCAAAUCACUCUUUAAUCCCCAGUUUGGAAGUAUCUUCAGAACUCACCAUAACCCAACUUAUUUCUCUCGGCGACUCUUCCGUUACUCAGAUAUAUACAUGUCUUGUGUCACUAAUCUUCUGAACUACUCUCUCAAACAUACUUUUUAUCCCCGCAGGGGGGCUCUCCCUCAUGAAUGUAAAAUACCUUAUAUGUAACUUACAUAAAACUAUAGAAAUCAUUGUUGAAUGUUUGAAUUGUAAAGAAGACCAAUCACCUUGUUUGUACUAGAGAAGUGGAAUAAUAUUUUAUGAUUUUGUAAAUAUCUCGGUUCUUAUCUAGACACUUAUCAGAUUUUUAUUUUAACCUUAAGUGUUAAUAUUUAAAAACUGAAAUGUUAACUUUUAUAAAAAUGCUAAAUUCAUUUUUAUAAAAAAAAUUUUUAAAACUCGGUGACAUCUAGCAGUAGAGCAAAAUAUCAAAUACAUUUCAAUAGAAACUUGUGCACAUUACUUUGCAAUGUCGACAAAAAUAGUAAUGUAGCAUGAGGAUUAAAACUCUUGUAAACAGUGCCUGAAAAUAUUAUCACUUAUGUCAUUCUGUGUUGAUACAAUUGAUGAUGGGGGGAUAAAAGAAAUGCCAAAAUGUUUAGAAGUCAAAUCUACAAGUACGUGGUUUUUUAAUAUAAAAUUAUGUAUACUUUUAUAACUUACUGUGUUUAUCGCAUACUUUCUAAGUGUGUAAAGUGUAUAAACAUGGAAGGAAUAGUUGUUUGUGUUAUUUUAGAUAUCUAACAGAUGGCCAGGUUGUUAGUUAUAUUUGAACAGUUUUAAUGCGUUUUAAUUAAUGCACAUAAUAUGAUAGUUACUUGUAUACUCUAUGAGCAGUAACAUUUAGUUAUACAACAUAUGAGUUACAUCAGUCUGAAAACACAGUUACACUCCACCUGAAUGGACUUAUACGUUUAAACUAUAUAAAUCUGAUUGUUAGAAAUGGAAACAGAGCAGCAUUACUCUGUAAGGAUGAAAUACCUGUAAAUAGAUAUAUAGAUAUAGAAAUUAAUAACUUCUUUUCAAGACUAAGCUGACUAUAUUGAUCAAGACUAAAUUAAUAUAAAAAGUAACUUAUGAAUCACUGAAGACUACUGUGUACAUGUGUACUUGUUGUG